AUGUCUGCGACAGACCCGAAACCCGUUGACCCCGAAGCCGUCGCGUCGGAUGCCGCCAACGCGAAUGCCCGCGAGGAUGUCCAAUUGCUGGCGCAAUUGGGAUACAAGCAGGAACUUCAUCGGCAGUAUUCGACGCUGCAGAUUUUCGCGAUAGCAUUCAGCAUCAUGGGCCUGGUACCCUCGAUUGCAUCGACGCUCUCGUUCUCGCUUCCUGCUGGGCCGGUCGGCAUGGUCUGGGGAUGGUUUACAGCGAGCUUGUUUAUUCUGUUGGUUGGGCUCGCAAUGGCCGAUCUUGCGUCCGCUAUGCCUACUGCUGGUGGAUUGUAUUGGUGGACGCAUUUUCUUGCUGCGGAGAAAUGGAAGAGACCAUUGAGUUUCCUGAUCGGAUAUAGCAAUACACUGGGUUUGAUCGGGGGCAUGUGUUCAGUUGAUUAUACCCUCGCGCUCAUGAUACUUUCCUGUGUCUCCAUCUCACGGGGAGAUGGAUGGUCCGCCUCGCGUGGGAUCAUCUAUUCCGUCUACGUCGGCGUGAUCCUAUUACACGGACUUUGCGGCUCUCUGGCUGGACAGCUUAUGCCGAGAAUCCAGACAUUGUGCAUAUACAUCAACGUCGCCCUGGUCAUCGCAACGGUAAUCGCUUUGCCAGUCGGUAGGAUAACACGAGGUGGAACACUCAACUCUGCCCAGUACGUUUACACUCAUAUUGACAAUACAACCACCUGGCCAGCCGGCUGGGCAUUCAUGCUCGCAUGGCUCGCUCCAAUAUGGUCCAUCGGGUCUUUCGACUCAUGCGUGCACAUGAGCGAAGAAGCCCUGCACGCCGCAAAAGCCGUCCCACUGGGGAUCAUCUGGUCAGCGAGUUCUGCAUUUAUUCUCGGGUUCUUAGUGCUGUCCGUUAUCGCAGCCACCAUGAAUCCAGACGUUAGCGCAACAAUCAAUACGCAGUUCGGGCAGCCCAUGGCUCAGAUCUUCUAUGAUACAUUGGGUAGAAAGGGUGCGUUGGCUUUCAUGGCUGUCCUCUGCAUUACCCAGUUCUUCAUCGGUCUCAGCUUGAUCGUCGCGGCAUCCCGACAAGCUUGGGCUUUCUCCCGCGAUGGCGCACUUCCUUUCUCCAGGUUCUUCCGCCAUGUCAGUAAGCGCAUCCCGUUCCAGCCAGUGCGCAUGAUCGGUGGUUUAGUUACGGUUGCCAUUCUCCUGGGCUUGUUGUGUCUGAUCGACCCGGCUGCUGCGAAUGCACUGUUCUCGUUGUUCGUUGCGAGUAACUAUCUCUCAUGGGGCACACCGAUAUUCUGUCGCUUGACCUGGGGUGAACUGUUCACACCGGGGGAGUUCUAUACUGGUCGUUUCAGCAGGAUUAUUGCCUGGGUGGCCGUUGUAUAUCUUCUCUUCGGUGUUGUUCUGUCGAUGUUUCCGACGGAGGGGCCUAGCCCAACUCCUUCCAAUAUGAAUUACACUAUUGUCAUCAACGGAUUCGUGUGGAUCGGUUGUAUGGUGUAUUAUUUCGUCUUUGCUCGGCACUGGUAUACUGGGCCCCUGACCACAGUUGAUGGGAGUGCGUCUGUCACUUCUCUUGGUGCUGCGGGUUCCAAUGACAGACAUACCAAUCAACCUGUCACGACUGGUCGUAAGAAGGAAUAA